AUGAGCUUGGUAUACAAUCUAGUGACGCAGCAAGAUGCUGUCAACAACUUCCAGAUCGCGGCGGCUAUGAAGCAGGACAGCACCAGUAUGAAUUCUAUCUCCUCCCUCACCAUGGCUUUCCUCCCUGGGACUUUUACUGCGAGCGUCAUCGGUGGCGGCAUUUUGGAGGCCAACUCAGGAAGUCGAAUCAUUCGGGUUACGGCGCUCUUGUGGCUCUGGGCUGCCAUCACCGUUCCUCUUCACUGUCACGGUACUCAUUUGCUGGUGGUGGUACAAGACAAGGAAGGCAAUUCAACAAAGAAUUGGCGCAGUCUCUGCCACUGUGUUGGAUCAUACUUCCAUGCAUGA